UUAUAUAAGGACUCAAGGGGUGGGGGAGGAGAGAGAUGGGGAGCGGAGAAGGACAGCGCGUCCUCGGGUCUCGCUAUCGCCGCUCCGCUGGACGGAUAGCGAUCGGUGGCGUUAUCCCAGCUUUCCACACGCUGAUGGGCCGGGGCGCUGUUCGAAUGCAGGGGAGCGGCGCCGCGGGUAGUUAAGCCGGUGUACAAAGGUUGCCUCCGGGCCGCCGGCCGAGCACAUGCUGGGGAACAAGUACAACAGCCGCAACCCCACCAGGGUCGAGCGGCUGGUGUGGGACCGGGAACAGCGGAAGUCCAACCGGGCCUCCCACCAGAACGAUGCCGGCCGCAGCAGCGAUGGUGGCGGCGGUGAUGAUGAUGCUGGGAGCUGCGGGAGGGAGCCCAGAGUGUUGCAGCGGGAGGCCGAGGAAGCAAGGGAGGUGAACUGCGAGCGCAGCGCCGUCUCCAAUGGAGAGGUGGUGGAUGCUGGCUUGGCGGUGGGCAAGACGGCCGGGAAGGGAUGCAAGAGGUCUAAUGGGAAGGCCAUGAAGCAGAGGCUGCUGGUCGUGGCUAAUAGGCUGCCGGUGUCGGCGGUCAGACGUGGUGAGGACUCAUGGUCGCUGGAGAUCAGUGCUGGUGGGCUGGUCAGUGCUCUUCUUGGUGUGAAGGAUGUUGAUGCAAAAUGGAUUGGAUGGGCUGGCGUAAAUGUGCCAGAUGAAGUGGGACAAAGGGCACUAACAAAAGCUUUGGAUGAGAAGAGAUGCAUUCCAGUAUUUCUUGAUGAAGAAAUUGUACAUCAGUACUAUAACGGCUACUGCAACAAUAUCUUGUGGCCACUCUUUCACUAUCUUGGGCUUCCUCAAGAAGAUCGGCUUGCAACAACUCGCAGCUUCCAGUCCCAGUUUGAUGCUUACAAACGGGCGAACCAGAUGUUUGCUGAUGUCGUGAACCAGCAUUAUCAAGAGGGAGAUGUUGUUUGGUGCCAUGAUUACCAUUUAAUGUUCCUUCCUAAAUGCCUCAAGGAGUACAACAGCAGUAUGAAAGUUGGUUGGUUUCUUCACACGCCGUUCCCUUCCUCAGAAAUUCACAGGACCCUGCCAUCCCGCUCGGAGCUGUUGAGAUCUGUUCUUGCAGCUGAUCUAGUCGGUUUUCACACAUAUGAUUAUGCAAGGCACUUUGUAAGUGCCUGCACUCGUAUUCUUGGACUUGAGGGAACACCAGAAGGGGUGGAAGAUCAAGGAAGGCUGACUCGAGUGGCAGCGUUUCCUAUUGGGAUAGACUCUGACCGGUUUAAACGAGCACUUGAGCUUCCAGCAGUCAAAGAACACAUCAAUGAAUUGACACAGAGAUUUGCUGGCCGGAAGGUAAUGCUGGGUGUAGAUCGUCUUGACAUGAUUAAAGGGAUUCCACAAAAGAUUUUGGCCUUUGAAAAGUUCCUCGAGGAAAAUCCAACAUGGCGUGAUAAAGUAGUGUUGCUGCAAAUUGCAGUGCCAACGAGAACCGAUGUUCCUGAAUAUCAGAAGCUUACCAGCCAGGUUCAUGAAAUUGUUGGACGGAUAAAUGGCCGCUUUGGGACACUAACUGCUGUUCCCAUACACCAUCUGGACCGUUCUCUUGACUUUCAUGCAUUAUGUGCCUUGUAUGCUGUCACUGAUGUGGCACUUGUAACAUCACUGAGAGAUGGGAUGAAUCUUGUAAGCUAUGAGUUUGUGGCAUGCCAGGGUGAAAAGAAAGGCGUUCUUAUAUUAAGUGAAUUUGCAGGGGCAGCCCAAUCUCUAGGAGCUGGUGCCCUCCUGGUAAAUCCUUGGAACAUCACAGAAGUUGCUGCCUCGAUAGGGUAUGCAUUGAAUAUGCCUGCUGACGAGAGAGAAAAGCGGCAUAGACACAACUUUGCGCAUGUGACUACACACACUGCCCAAGAUUGGGCAGAAACUUUUGUAAGUGAACUAAAUGAUACAGUUGUUGAAGCUCAACUUAGAACAAGACAAGUUCCACCUCUACUUCCUACCCAGAUAGCAAUGGAACGAUAUUUGCAGUCCAAGAAUCGAUUGCUCAUCUUGGGCUUCAAUGCAACAUUGACAGAACCAAUUGAAUCUUGUGGAAGAAGAGGUGGAGACCAAAUCAAAGAGAUGGAGCUUAAAUUGCACCCAGAUUUGAAAGUCCCUUUGACAAUUCUUUGUAAUGAUAAACAGACAACUGUUGUUGUUCUCAGUGGAAGCGACAGAAGUGUCCUAGACGAUAAUUUUGGAGAGUACAGUAUGUGGCUGGCAGCAGAAAAUGGGAUGUUUUUGCGCCUUACAGGUGGAGAAUGGAUGACAACAAUGCCAGAGCAUCUAAAUAUGGAUUGGGUUGACAGUGUAAAGCAUGUUUUUGAGUAUUUCACUGAGAGAACGCCUAGGUCUCAUUUUGAACAUCGUGAGACAUCACUUGUAUGGAAUUACAAGUAUGCAGAUGUUGAAUUUGGAAGGCUUCAGGCAAGGGAUAUGCUGCAGCAUUUAUGGACAGGCCCGAUUUCUAAUGCAGCUGUUGAUGUUGUCCAAGGUAGCCGGUCAGUCGAGGUUCGUUCUGUUGGAGUCACCAAGGGUGCUGCAAUAGAUCGUAUAUUGGGAGAAAUAGUUCAUAGCAAAAGCAUGGUCACGCCCAUUGAUUACGUGUUAUGUAUUGGUCACUUUCUUGGAAAGGAUGAGGACAUCUAUACCUUCUUUGAGCCAGAACUUCCAUCUGAACCUGUAAAUUCCUCAAGAUCAAAAUCAAACGAUAGCAAUAAGCAGUCAAAUGACUGUAACAAGCCAUCUCCAGACAAGAGGCCUGCAGAAAGGCCACCAAACAGCUACAAGAACAGCUCAAGGACUUCCACUCAUAGGAGUCAAAGGACUCUUCUAAGAUCUGAAAGGAGAAUGCCAACAAAUCACAACUCCUCGGUUGGAUGGCGAUCUCCUCAAGAGAACAUGUCAUGGCGUGAGGGAUCGUCAGUGCUUGAUCUCAAGGGAGACAACUACUUCUCAUGUGCGGUUGGUCGGAAGCGGUCAAAUGCAAGGUAUCUGCUUAACUCAUCUGAUGAUGUGGUCUCCUUCCUUAAGGAGUUGGCAGCCACAGCUAGUCAAGGGGGUCCCUCAGUGUUUAACCCAAACCAUGCUGGUCAGAUGUCAUCAAGUUGGGAGUAGCUUCUAGCUGAAACAGUUGGUAGAAGGAAAGGUUAAUCUCUCUGGUCUCAUGAGACAAUGUCCGAUUCAUUUACAGAGACGGGGUUUUUUUAACUGUCUAACUGGGCUCAAAGGUUGAUUAAUUCAUAGAAAAAUGUGUACAUGAUCUUCAUAGGCGCUACUUCAUAAAUGAUCUUAUAUAAAGUAGUUCUACAUAUUAUUGUGCCAUCAAAGACCCACUGAUAUAGGCAUGUGAUGGAAUGAAAGCCCAAUGUGUGUAUGCCCCUUAUGCCAAAGCUGGUGGCUCAAUCAUGUAUUGUGCACAUUUACAUAUCUAAGAGUUGCUUUCAGAACAAGGCGGUUUUUCUGAAUGGAUGUUUAUUUGAGACUUACAGGCAUAUUGAGUCUUAUUUCUGAUAAUUUCAAUAUUCAGGAUAUACUAUAGUGAAUGCCCCACGUUACUUGUAUCAUAGUGUGAGAGACCACAAUCCAAGUUUUAAUCACCUGAAAGUAGUUCUACAUCUUGUUGUGCCAUCAAAGACCCACCGAUGUAGGCAUGUGAUGGAAUGAAAGCUCAAUGUGUUCUGCACGUUAUGCCAAAGCUGGUAGCUCAACCAUGUAUUCUGCACAUUUACAUGUCCAAGAAUAGCUUUCAGAACCAGUGGUUUUUUGGAACGGAUGUUUAUUUGAGACUUACAGGCGUAUUGAGUCUUAUUUCUGAUAAUUUCAGUAUUCAGGGUGAACUAUAGUGGACGCCCCAUCUUACUUGUCUCACAGUGUGAGAGACCACGAUCCAAGUUCUAAUCACCAGUGGACAGUAUUGGCUGACGAAAUUGUUGGUGUUUGUUGGUUUUCUUUCAUAAUAAUCUCAGAUCUGCCUAGAGUUCGAGAAAAUAGUAGAAGAAUACUGUAUAGCAGUGAAGCUGGGAAAUGAUACGAAUGUAUGGUUGUUGUAUGAAGAUUUUGUAGUAAAACUGGUUGUAGUAACCAUACUAUAUUGUGCUGUUUUGAUGCUAAUUGAUGGCUCGCUGUUCCAUUCAUCCCACAAUGUGGGUAAUCUGAUGGUGAAGCUGGAUUCCCUAAGUUCUUUUAGAAUUUUGAUGGGAGGAGGGUUCUGUAUCAAAAAUCGUGUAAUACAGGGGUCUUAUUUUUAGAUUGCGUGUGAAUAUUCUGCAAAUGAGUUUUUCUUUUCUGAGUAAAAUAUGUUAUUUUCAAUA